UGCCACUUUCCCAAACACAAAUUUCUCUAACUCCACCACACCAUCGCUUUCGGCCUUUUAGUUACUUUUGAACAUUUUGUUGUUUGUUCUUCUUGGGAAGAGGAGAAGAAGGAGCAGAAGAAGAAUGCAUUAUCAGGGUGAUUCUUGGGGUUACUACGUGCCAACGAGGAGCAUGGGGUCAGACCCAAUGGAGAGGGUGGUGAAGCUGGCCUCAGAGAGCGCAGUGGUGAUAUUCAGUUUGAGCACCUGCUGCAUGUGCCACGCUGUGAAGAGGCUCUUCUGCGGAAUGGGAGUGAACCCAACGGUGUACGAGCUUGACCAGGACCCCAGAGGGAAAGAGAUGGAAAGGGCACUGAUGAGGCUGCUUGGCAACUCACAAGCAGUUCCCGUUGUUUUCAUUGGAGGGAAGCUGAUAGGAGCCAUGGACCGAGUCAUGGCUUCCCACAUCAAUGGAACCCUGGUGCCACUUCUCAAGGAGGCCGGAGCUCUGUGGCUCUAAUUAUUCUGACAAUAUUAGAGAAGUAGAUGGCUAAUUAAUAAUUAACUAGGAAUUACAUGCAGAAAAAAAUGUAGGAGAGUACUGCCUUCACGAUCUCUAUCCAAUUUUAUAUACAAUUUGCUAGCUAGUUUAAUUAGUCAGUCUGUUAAGCUUUGAUUUCGAAAGGAGAUUUUGAGGUCUCCUAACCUUGUCUUAUGGCAAAUGGAAUUAAUGUAGCUGAUGCCUCGUUGUAUAG